UAUUAGUAGUGUUUAUUGGUCCCUGUGUGUUUUAGAGCACGUGCAUACCUGGACUAAUGCGGUUUUGAGUCAUGUAACGUUUAACUGAUCGAUGUCAACGAAAUCCAUUAUUCAUGUCUGAGAGCAAGGGUCUCUGAAUCAAUGAUUUGCGACUACAGUAACCCAAAGUUCAGUAAAGUCCUGUGCAUGAAUACCUUACUGUGGUAUAUAGCAUAAGUGAAAAGAGAGGACAUGGCCUCCAAAACAUUCACGUUUUCAGCUCGUUUACUCCGUUAUUGCUUACAGAAAUAUCCGCGUGUUUUGCGCGUGGAUCCGGCUCGGCUGUAUUACGGAUCCCCGGCGGUAACAUCAGGGUCCGCAGUCCGCACAGUGGACCUCCGGAGCGACACGGUCACCAAACCCGGACCUGCCAUGCGCAGAGCCAUAGCGGAGGCAGAGGUCGGAGAUGAUGUGUUUGGAGAGGAUCCAACUGUUAAUGAAUUACAAAAAGAAGCUGCUGAUAUGUUUGGUAUGGAGGCUGCUUUAUUUGUCCCUACAGUAACAAUGGGUAAUUUAAUUGCAGUUAUGGUCCACUGCAGAGAAAGGGGAGAUGAGAUGAUAGUUGGUGACCUCUCUCAUAUUUAUAUCUAUGAGCAGGGUGGAAGUGCACAGCUGGCAGGUGUCCAUUCUGUAGCAGUGACUACACUAGCCGAUGGCACCUUUGAUCUAGACCAGCUGAUCUCCAAGAUCCGUCAUGGUUACCCUAACCCGCACUACCCACGCUCUCGACUGGUGUGCAUUGAAAACACACACAAUAUUCAGGGAGGGCGAAUCCUUCCACUCUCGUUCCUGCAGGAGCUUCGCUCUGUGGCUGAUAAGUUUGGUCUGGCAGUGCAUAUGGAUGGAGCGAGGUUAAUGAAUGCAGCCGUUGCUCAGGGUGUUCAUCCUGCUGUUAUACUACAACAUUGCCACUCCGUCAGUGUGUGUCUGUCCAAGGGGCUGGGGGCACCUGUGGGAACCAUGCUUUGUGGGUCAAAAUAUUUCAUAGAGAGAGCAGUUCGUGCUCGCAAGGCACUUGGAGGAGGAAUGCGCCAAGCGGGUAUUUUAGCAGCAGCUGGUAGGAUCGCCCUGUCAGACAUGAUUGGCAGACUGGAAGAGGACCACAGGAACGCCAGACGCUUUGCUGAAGCACUUAUACAGUGCCACCCUCCUUUGUACCAGCUGGACCUUGCCACUGUGGAAACAAACAUGGUAAGGUUUUGGCUUCAGGACCAGCAGAUGAGCCUACAUGAGUUCUGUGAGCGUAUGGCAAGGGUAGAUGAGCAGGAGGUGAAGGCUCUGGGUCAGGGGGUCCGGGUGCUGAUGUUCUCUCAUGUUGGAAAUGCAGUCAGGGCUGUGUGGCAUCUGGGUAUCAGUGAGGAAGAUACUGAACUGGCUAUAGAGAAGGCUCAGUUUGUGGCCCAACAGCACAGAUGCAAGUCCGUCAGGACAGCAGGAAAACAAUAAUUCUCCUCCAAGACAAAUGUUUUUACAACAGUCUCAGUUUAUCUCAAAAAUACUCCAGCGGAACUUAAAGGGACACUCCACUUUUUUGGAAAUAUGCAAAUUUUCCAGCUCCCCUAGAGUUAUUUCAUUAUUUGAUUUUUAUCGUUUUGGAAUCCAUUCAGCUGAUCAUUGGGUCUGGCAGUACCACUUGGUAACUUUUAAUAGCAGGGGACUAUUUUCGGGCACUGCGUAAUAUAAUUGCGCCUCCUGCAGGCGUAACGGCGGCAAAGUCCUUGAUUAUUACUCCAGAAUGAGAGUAUAGUUCCUAGCCAGAUCUGCCUAGAAAAUCGCAACUUUUAAUUUUCCGUCUGUCUUUGUACACGAUGUAACUACAGAAGAGUCAAGUUUUAAAUAGGAAAAAUAUUCAAACUUUUUGGUUAUUUUUAGUGUGACGCUAAUGGUCUAAUCAGAUUCAAUGGAUUAGGCUAAGCUAUGCUAAAAGUGGUACCGCCAGAACCGGAGAUCAGUUAAAUGGAUUCCAAAAUGCUACAAAUAUGCUCUAGGGGAGCUGGAAAAUGAUCAUAGUGUGUCCCUUUUUUACACUACACAAAAAAAGAAGUGUACAUUAAAGACUUGCACUAUUAUAUUAUACUAUUAAAGUGGUGUUGCAAUAAUUAUGCCUGUUUUUAUUUACAAUGAGCAGUUUUCUAUACUUCAACCUUAAUGACAAUUCAGUGCUAUUAAAUGUUUUUUUUAAUGUUUUUACAAUAAAAUGUGUAAUGAUUUGA